GACUAACUGGACACCUCAUGAUACCAGCUCGGUGGUGCUGCCGGCCUGAAAACUGUGAUCUGCCACAUUUUCGUUUUGAAGAAAGAUCUGCAUUACUAACGGGUCGGUUCGUAUGUGUGUCCAAUCGUAGUGGUUUCUUGUAUAAUGAAAUUUUAAGGCUGAGAGGCCACACAGUUUUGUCCUUAUUAAGCCAGUUAUUUUCUGUGGCCAAUAAUUCAUAUCUUCUGAUAACUGACUCAUAUGAUUUCUUGAUAGGUGUUGAAACACUGAGUAUCGAGGCAGCUUCUUUAUCUAACAGCUAUAGUUCAGAACUAAAUGAACGUUAG